AUGUGUCAUCUCCUGAACAUCCUGCUGGCUUUACUGAGCCGCUUCCUGUUUGCGGUCCAUGGGGUGGUGACAGUGUGGCGUGUGGUGGUCGUGAAAGGGGAGCCACUCUACUGGGUGCUGCUGACUGGUGUGGCUCUGCUGGGUGUGGAAAUGGCUGUCACUCUGAAGUGCACCCGUAAUGCAGAGUGGAAAUGGUUCUCUCCCAUGGUUUUCCUCUACCUCAGUACUGUCAUCCCAUCCAUUUGGUUUCUGGAGCUGAGCCUGCUGCAGUCCAAGCUGCCCAUCAACAAUUCCUCAGGCCCUGAGCUUCAUUUGCUGGCUCACAUCCCAAUCACAGCGGGCAUCGUGGAACUAGACCCAGAGAACUGGGUCGCUGGUCUGGAACAAACCAUGCUCAUUGUGUUGGUUCUGGGUCGCUGGCUGAUGCCCAAGGGGGAUAUGUCCCGUGACCAGCUCUCCCAGCUCCUAAUGGUCAAUGUGGGACUGGGUGCUGACAUCCUGGACAUCUUCGACACAUUCAAGGAACAUGAAGUCAAAACCAACAGGGCAGUCGUCAUCAUCGGUCUGGCUCUCUUUUCUUGGGCUCUCAUGCAGUUUCCUCUGGUACUCACUCAGACACGACCCCCAAAAGAUGAGCUUCCUCAGAAGAGCAUGAGCGGUCUCUUCUGCUGCCCAGAAGCUUCGCCUUCAUUCACCUCCUGCUGCUCCAGCGAAGUGUGGAGCUUGCUGCUCACAGUGGGACUCCAAGACGGCCCGUUUCUGCUUUACCGGCUUUACCUCAUGGUUCAAGAGCAGGUACUCAACCAGCUCAUGAUCUUCUUCACUUGCAAGAAUAUUCUUAUUGUCCUAUUGGAGCUUUACCGAAUCUAUGUGGUUCAGUGCGAGCAGGUCGGGGAAUCGAGGUUGGAGAGGUGUGCUGCUCUGGCGCUUUGUUCUCAAUCCCAGAGGGGUGGCGAGGUGAAGGAGGAACUGAAGGAAACAGGGAGAGAGGAGUGUUGUGGAGAGCAAGGCUGUCAUACAGUGCCAGACAGGGAAACUGAGAGGGAGGAAGAUCAGAGAGGUGUACAUGUAGAGAAAGGCGCGAAAUGCUGUGAGGCAUGA